AUGAACAGAUUGGCCGUACUUUACAUAUUAAUGACAACUGUUGUGAGAGAUAAAAUUAUAAUGAGUAAGAAAGUCGCAGCUAUACCAAUGAAGAAUUCAAACGAAGAAGUGCCUGAAGGUGCGAUGAUACAAGUGACGGGAUUUGGAGAUACCCAACCUCAAUUUAGAAAAGGUGACAGCGGUGGUCCUCUUGUCCACGAUGGAAAACUGGCUGGUGUAGUCUCCUUUGGUAAAGGAUGUGCCAGGAAAAAAUACCCUGGAGUGUACACCAAAGUAUCAGCCUUGAGGAAAUGGAUUGAUGAGGAAGUCCGCAAGAAAAAACUGCAUAAGGAGUGGGAAAGGGAUUUUGAGUGA